CGCAACGAUGCACGUCCACGAACCCGCCCGCCCCGUUCAGGGCAAGUCGAUCGCCGCUUUCAGCAAGCGCAGCCCGUACAAGGCUUACAGGAGUCCUUUCGGUCCUCAGUACACCAUCCAGCGCAACUUCCACGGCAUCACUGCCCGCCACCUCAUUAAGUUCGGCACCUUGGCAGCCGGAUUCGGCGGUGUUGCCGGCUUCUUCGCCCUGUUCUUCUUCGCCGAGGUCCCCAAGGUUCGCGACGACAUAAUGAUGAGGACUCCCCUGGGCCCUUAUUUCAAGAAGGAGAUUGCGCCCGAGGACAACCCCUUCUAGAUGCUCUGUCUAAUGGGGUGGAGGGGUUGUAUUGUACGAGGCAUGGCUUUAGCGUUGGACUGGGCUGGCUUGCUGUAUAUUAGCAGCUGCAAGUGCGGAAUAGACCUUUCUUGUGUUCAA